AUGCGUACUUCAGCCCUCGACGGUCGAAUAUCUAUUUCCAUUUCUCUAGAAACCUCCCCAAAGCCCUCGGAAGCAUAUUCCUCUCUCAAGCUGCUAGCCAGGUAACGCCAACACCAGCAGCAAUGGCGUUGUACUCUUUCCGCCUCCGUCGAACCCUAACCUCUCUCUCCACCCUCAACCGCAGUCUCUAUGAAGUUUCUUCAAUUCCUGCAAUCUCUACUCCCGCUCUACAGUCCCCACUUCUCCAGGGCAGCACUUUCAGGUCAUCAAGGCCCUUCACUCUUCUAUUUCAAUCCCGGCCGUUCAAAUCGACGACCUUCGUGCUCUCCUCGGCCCGCUCAACAUACAAUAGCAACAGCACCGAGGAAAUCGGGCCUGAUACGAUACUGUUCGAAGGUUGCGACUACAACCACUGGCUUAUCGUUAUGGAUUUCCCGAAGGACCCCAAGCCCACACCCGAGCAAAUGGUCCAGACCUACGAGGAAACCUGUGCUAAGGGCCUCAACAUUAGUUUGGAAGAAGCGAAAAAGAAAAUGUAUGCCUGUAGCACAACAACAUACUCGGGCUUUCAGGCUGUGAUGACUGAAGAAGAGUCCAACAAGUUUCAUGGUUUACCUGGAGUUAUUUUCGUGCUGCCAGAUUCUUACAUAGAUCCAGUAAACAAGGAGUAUGGAGGAGAUAAAUACAUUAAUGGAACAAUUAUACCAAGGCCACCCCCAGUUCAGUACGGGAGGCCGGGACGAAACCGUGAUCGUAGAUAUGGACAGGGUUCAACGUCAAAUCAGCAAUGGAAACCCUCAAAUGACUACCAGAUGUCAGGAGAUGGAAGGAACUAUGGUGCUCCACAAAACCAUCCACCACAGCAGAAUUAUGCUCCACCUAGACAAGGAGAAAGAGGCGAUCAUAUACCCAUGAACAACAGGAAUUAUGCCCCAGGAGGAACGGGCAAUUACCAGUCAGGGCGGGGAGAUCCAGUUCCUUCCCAUCAGAGUAAUUACAACCCAGGGGGGCAGGGAAAUUAUUCUCCCCAAGAACAAAGGGACUUCCCCCAACGCAAUCAGAGUCAUUAUGGACCUCCUGGACAGGGGAAUUUUGCUGGAGCUAAUAGGAACUAUGGUCCUUCACAGGAUGGAUCUUAUGGGCGAGGACCAGGUGGAUAUCAGGGCCAAGAAACAUAUGAACCUUCUGGGCAGGGUGCAAGUUCUGGCAAUGGCCAGGGUUACCCUGGGCAUGGCCAAGGUUACCCAGGGCCUGGAGAAGCUCAAAGGUUCUCACAGGAGGAGCAGAGAAACUGGCAAGGAGAGCCAAGGACCUAUGCACCGAGGGGACCAACUGGAAAUGACCAAGGGAGAUAUUGAUAACACAUUUCAAACGGCUCCUACACUCUCCCUAGCAAGGACAUCAAAUAUAAGGCCUUUAGAGAUUUUCCGAUAAUAGUCUGCAAGCUUUUUGUUUGUUUUAACUUGUGAAGUUGGAACUGGCAACUUUCUUCUAUGAAGCUGUAUCUUUGAUAUCUGAUUAUACCAAGUUCUGUAGGUUAGUAAAGAUGUGGUUUCUGCUUCUACCCUGUUCUGUAGGUUAAUUAAGAUUGGACUUGUUUAUUUGAUCUUUUUUUUUUUUUUUUUAACUUUUGGUGUGUGGAGCCCCAAUGGCCAGUCUGAUUGCCCCUUUGUAGAUUCACCAAUGCAUUUUUUGGUGUAUUGGGCACAAAAAAACAGUUGUUUUAAGGCUUUUUAACUCGAUUA